UUCUGAAUAACCUGACCAAUAAAGUGGAAACAGUAGCUCAAAAACUGCCUUUUAUGGAAGAGAAACUUGAAAACAUGUCUAACAAAAUUCAAUUUCUUUGUGAUCAACUUCCUCGUACACAGGAUAAUGUUUCAGCUAAUGUCAGAAAGAUGAAACAAAAGAAAACAAAGAGAAAUCUAGAAACGUAUGCUUCAAAAGAUCCCUUUUCUAAUGAGCAAGGCGAUGAUUUUCACGUCGAAGUUCUGAAAGACAAGCAUAAACAUCUUAUGGAGAACAUCACUCUUCAAGACAAUGCGUUAGACUUACUUGUCCAAAACAAAGCUAUUUAUCAUCUGAUAGCGAAGCAAUCAUGUCGUUUUCAAACAGAUCAGAACGCGUGCGAUGUUUGCUACUCAGGCUUGCUAAGUAUGAUGAAACGCAUUUUAUGCACUUUACGGACGCUUUACAACAAGAAAAACGAAAAGAUUUAGCGAACAUAUUGAUAGAGGGAUAUAAUGAAUACAAAAAUAGGAAAACUGAGCGAACACCUAAAUGUGCUCACUGCAAAAUCAAAUCAAGGGUCGAACUAAAAGAUGUUAUUGACAAACUAUAUCAGGAAAGAGUAAUUGACGAAUCCUUUGUAGAUAGAGUAAAUAGAUCAGCACCUUGCGCAAGAAAAGUGUUAUGGAACGAAUGUUUCUACAUCAUUAAAAAAUGCGACAGAGCAGAAGUUUUGUCCCAGUGUUUAAAAGAAAGAUAUGAACAAUAUGUAACUUCCGGUACCUAUGUUAAGUGUACGUGUCUCAAGCAGAGGUUACAAACUGGUGGACAUUUUAACAGUCCUUCGCUGACCUCGGGUAGUAUGGCAGAUUGGAGCGAGUCACCGGUGGAUUCACUAUCUCCAGCUUCCACAUUCAGAUUCAGAAAUGUCCACGCAGAUACCAUUAGUAGUCUAAGCUCAGUGAAUAGUUCUACUCAUAGAAAAUCUGGUAGUGUAAUGUCAAAAAGAUUACACCAAACUAAGAAAGUGGACAAUGACUCUCACUUGAAGUUUUAUAAAAAGGGCAGAAAAUAUAAAAAAGUACAGGAGAUUUUUGAAACGAAGAGAUCCGAUAACUCUGAAAGUGAGAGAAUUAAUCAAAAUCCACUUGUGUCAGAAAUGUCGAGGGAGGAAAUACUUCAUCUGCAGACUGAAACGUUAGAUAGUACUUAUUUGUGA